AUGUCAGAAAUCUAUCGCGACGCGUUCCGCAUACUAGACCCAGCGAACAAUGCGACAAACACAACACCCCUCAGGCCAGGCUCAGACAACUUUAUCCUGUCGAUAGGAACUUGGGAUAUGGUCAAUAGGGAUACUGGCCUCUCUGGACCAACGAUGACAUCUAAAACAUGGCUUUGCGUUCUAUUCAAAGGAACAAAGCUGUCCCUCGGCCUCCAUUUCGCCCCGAAUGCUUUCAACGGCUCAUUUCGCUUCUGGAUGGAUGGCUAUAACCUCGGAGUCAACUAUAUCACCUUGGCCAACAGCCUUUCUGCGACCGAGGCGUCCCACGUCAAGCUCUUGAUAGAGCUCAACUCGACCUCACAAGAACUUGUCGAUCACCAGCUUCUCGGAUACUUUGGCGAGGCGGCUCCUGACCGACCUAUCCAAAUCGAAGUGGGCACUGACAAUGAUAUUGAUGCCAACCCCUCGACGUUUGGCCAAAGUGCACUCGAUGUACCGGUUGGCAAUGUCAUAGACGACCAGUCUCCGAUGCUCAGAUACUCUCCUGGGUGGUCUCAAACGCCUCCUGUGUUUUCAGAGGCACUCGCUUGGAAUCAAACGUCAACUUCAACGGUGAACAAGGGUUCUUGGGUUGAGAUCACCUUUGCUGGAACGGGUAUCUGGUUCUUUGGUAGUACGGGUCUGUGGGAUGUGCACCUCGACAUUGCCAUGACAGAAUACACGGCAUCUGGAAUCCAUACUCGACACAGCGAACAUGUCAUCCAGAGGGAUAGAAGUGCAGAGAGACAGUUGUUUCAAGCUCCCCUCUUUAACGAGACCAAUUUGGCUUGGACAAUGGCCAGGACAUACCGUAUUACACUCAUCUCUGGGUUCAUCGCCCUGGAUUACAUUCGACUCCAAGGGAAUGCCAUUGAUCCCCCGCAAAUCGAUUCUGUCUUUCGUAGCUCGACUCGUAACCUGACACCCUUCAUCGUUGGCGGGUCCUGUGCUCUCGGUGUAGUUUUACUGAGCAUACUGGUCUAUUUAUUCUUCAGAAUUCGAAGAAGGCGGCGAAACAAUUUAGUUGGAAAGGAGGUUGGCCCACGAGCCCCGACCAGAGAAUCGUUCUAUGCAGGGCACCCGCUCACCGCUCCCUGUGACCUGCAAAACAAGAAGAGAGCACAGCAGUCCGAACAUUCACUCUGGGUGACCUUUGAUGGUAUCGACUCACAGACGCAAGGGUCUAUGCACACCCCGACCUAUUCCUCCACAGAGAAUAGCGCUUUCAUCUCGAGAGGGCAAGCCUCGGAGGAGACAUAUCCACGCACUUCUGACUCACCCCAAAGUAGUGCAAGGAUCCUUGAGGACGCAACGACCACAACCACGACCGAGGGGCAGGCACUGCAGCUAUCUCAUGAAGACUUGGCACGUGUCUUUCAACGAGCAAAGGAGUUGAAGUCCAUGUCCAGUCUCGGAAAACUCCCCGCAUCGAACGAAUCAGACGGCCCACUGGAGCGCCUGGCGCGAAGCUUGGCAGGUGUGUAG